GAAUGGGGUAUGUUUCAUGAAGAUUAUCAAGCAAACAUCUACUCCUCGUCUGAUUGGUUAUAGUCAGCAGUGGCCGCAUUACAUUUUCAUAAAAUUGGCAAGAGCUGAACUUUUAGAACCCGCUCUGCUAGCAGCGGUCUUGUCGCCCAUGUUCCCAAAAUCCUCCGCACAUUUCAGGCGUGCAAUCAUUGAAAAUGAAUGUAUCCAGCGUCAAGCCAAGGACACCAGCGUACCAAAUUGAGUGUGGAACUCAGAGCUCAAACGGCUACUUAAGGUACUCGCGCGGUUUCAAGAUUCAGUGAGGAGAAUAGAAACAUCAAAGGCUUUUAACAUUUUAUCGAUUUAAAACGAUAUGGCAAAAGGAGAAGGCGCGGAGCAAUAUGCCGCGGCAAGUCUAUUACCAACAAAACCAAUAAGUCAAGAUGGAAUCAAAAUUGCCAAGCGGAGGGACAACACUGGCCGUCUGUCAAUGUGCAGUAAGUUGUGCUAUGCCAUCGGAGGGGCUCCCUACCAGAUAACAGGCAGUGCGCUGGGAUUCUUUCUCCAGAUCUACCUGCUGGAUGUGGCCCAGCUGGACCCAUUACAUGCCUCUAUCAUCUUGUUUGUGGGCCGGGCCUGGGAUGCAGUGACGGACCCAACGGUGGGCUUCCUGGUUAGUCGGAGCAGAUGGACCAGGUGUGGCCGGAUGAUGCCCUGGAUCCUCAUCUCCACUCCGUUUGCAGUGCUCACCUACUUCCUGAUCUGGUAUGUCCCUCCGGUGGAGCAGGGGAAGGUCCUGUGGUACCUGGUCUUCUACUGCCUCUUCCAGUCUCUGCAGACGUGCUUCCAUGUGCCGUACUCAGCGCUCACCAUGUUCAUCAGCAUGGACCAGAAAGAGAGGGACUCUGCCACUGCCUACCGUAUGACAGUGGAGGUGCUGGGAACAGUGGUUGGCACAGCAAUCCAGGGGCAGAUUGUGGGCGGGGCGAUCGCCCCCUGUCUCCCAGGUGACCUGGAUGUCCUUGACAACGGUAACUCCACACUGCUGGGGUCAGACUUCAACAUCACCCACAUCUCCCUAGAUGAAACGAAACAAGCCUACCUCAUCGCCUCAGCAGUCAUCUGUACCAUGUACGUUCUCUGUGCUGCCGUCCUGUUCCUGGGAGUCAGAGAGCAGGAAGAGUGUGGGCGUCUGAAGACAGAACCCAUGUCGUUCUUUGAGGGCAUGAGGAUGGUGAUGGGAUAUGGGCCGUAUGUCAAACUGGUCAUGGGAUUCCUCUUCACCUCGCUGGCUUUCAUGCUCCUGGAGGGGAACUUUGCCCUGUUCAUCACCUACACCCUGGGCUUUAGAAAUGACUUCCAGAACAUUCUGCUGGUCAUUAUGCUCUCUGGGACUUUGUCCAUUCCAUUCUGGCAGUGGUUCCUGAUCCGAUUCGGGAAGAAGACUGCCGUCUACAUUGGCAUCACGUGGGCAGUGCCCUUCAUGAUCCUGAUCGUCUGCAUAGAAAGCAGUCUCAUUGUGGCCUAUGUGGUCUCUGUGGCUGCAGGAGUCAGUGUGGCUGCAGCUUUCCUCCUACCUUGGUCAAUGCUUCCAGAUGUGGUGGAUGAUUUCAAAGUGAAGAAUCCAGACUCUAGUGGCCACGAGGCCAUUUUCUACUCCUUCUAUGUCUUCUUCACCAAGUUUGCCUCAGGAAUAUCCCUCGGCAUCUCUACUCUCAGUCUAGACUUUGCCGGCUAUGUGACCAGAGGCUGCUCGCAACCCGACGCAGUGAAUUUAACGCUGAAGGUGCUGGUCUCUCCUGCUCCUGUUGUUCUGAUAUUCCUGGGGCUGUUUAUAUUCAAGACCUACCCCAUCGACGAGGAGAGGAGGCAAGGCAACCGGAAACUACUGCAGGAGAUGCGGGAGAGCGAUCAGGAUUCCGAGACAGAGUCCACAGAGCUUGGGAGCGCUGUAUAGGAGCCCCGGGAGAGAACGGCAACCAAACCAAAAGGCCACCGCUGUCCCGCGUGUUUACAUUGGCAGGCUGGAGUGAUGAGGCCACUGGGGAGCCUGGACAGAGUUUGUGAGUUUUGGGUUAAGCUGGACUAACGGAGGAGAAACCACAGACCACACUACUGCUACAUGAACACAAUGGCCCUCGUCUCCACAGGAUUCCACAGGUUACAGAGACCCCUAGUGGACAUUGAGUCAUCGCUCUCUGUAGAGUACCUACUGUACUGUACUAUGUAUGUGAUUCGUGGUACUGGUUUAUCGGUUUUGUUUAUUUACAUGACAAACAUUAGUUUGGGAUUGUUAAUCAUGCAUUUACCCAUCAAAUUCAAGAUUUUUUUAAUGAGAUGUUUGUCUACCUGAACCAAGAAUAUUAGGUCAAAGGGUGGGAAAGCUUUCUCUGCACUAAAACAAUACUUUCCAAUCAGAAGGAUGGUCCUCAUAGAGGGAGGAUUCCAGCAUUCAUUUUUUUGGGGCAUAUCAGUAACUGCACUGGAUUUAUAUGGUUAUUUACAACAACAAAAAAUAAAUAAACUAAUUUCAAGAGGAUAGUACUCCUCUUUAGGGAUGUGGAGAGCACAUAACUGUUACAAUCUUAUCCACUGGAAUUAUUUGUGUCUCAUGGGGAAAAGAAACAAGGAACCUUGUAAAAGAAACUCUAACCUUAAUGAACUCAUUAACAUUGCCAAUAAUGUGUCUAGAUUUCAGACUUACUAUAGCUAGGCUAGCUGAUUUCCACCUUUAAUUACUGGCUUAACAGCACGGCUUGUAGAGUUGUACUUUGUAAACCUUGUUGUCGCAAUAACAUUUUCUGUACAAGUUUGAA